CGCGGGUGCUGCUCAUCCGCUGUACAAGAAGGCAGAUCUUUGCUCUGUAUCUUCUCUAUCCGUUUGCAGUCAUGAGUAGCGAAUUCCUGGCUGAGGUGCACUGGGAGGAUGGGUUCGCCAUCCCGGUGGCGAACGAGGAGAACAAGAUACUGGAAGAUCAGUUGUCAAAGCUGAAGGAUGAAAGAGCAAGCUUGCAAGAUGAGUUACGUGAGUCUGAAGAGCGAAUUAAUUCUAUGGCUUCUCACUUCAAAAAUGUUAAGCAAGAGCUCUCAAUUACACAGUCUCUUUGCAAAGCAAGGGAGUGUGAGACUGAAAGUGAAGAACAUUUUAAGGCCAUUGCUCACAGAGAAUUGGGACGAGUGAAAGAUGAAAUUCAACGGCUGGAAAAUGAGAUGGCUUCAAUACUGGAAAAGAAAAGUGAUAAAGAAAAUGGCAUAUUUAAAGCCACUCAAAAAUUGGAUGGUUUGAAAUGUCAAAUGAACUGGGACCAGCAAGCAUUGGAGGCCUGGUUAGAAGAAUCCGCUCAUAAAGAUAGUGAUGCUCUCACUCUUCAGAAGUAUGCACAACAAGAUGAUAAUAAAAUCAGGGCACUGACUCUGCAAUUAGAAAGACUAACUUUGGAAUGUAAUCAGAAAAGAAAGAUACUUGACAACGAACUUACAGAGACUAUAAGUGCACAGUUAGAAUUGGAUAAAGCAGCACAAGAUUUUCGUAAGAUUCAUAAUGAAAGACAAGAACUCAUUAAACAGUGGGAGAAUACAAUAGAACAGAUGCAGAAGAGGGAUGGAGACAUAGAUAACUGUGCUUUGGAAUUAGCAAGGAUAAAGCAGGAAACAAGAGAAAAAGAAAAUCUGGUUAAAGAAAAGAUCAAGUUUUUGGAAAGUGAGAUUGGGAAUAACACAGAGUAUGAGAAAAGAAUUUCUGUGGCUGAUCGUAAACUUUUAAAAUGUAGAACGGCAUAUCAGGACCAUGAAACUAGUAGAAUUCAGCUGAAGGGUGAGCUGGAUUCUUUAAAAGCCACUGUGAAUAGAACUUCCAGUGAUUUAGAAGCUCUGAGGAAAAAUAUUUCCAAGAUGAAGAAGGACAUUCAUGAAGAAACAGCAAGGUUACAAAAAACUAAAAAUCAUAAUGAGAUAAUACAAACAAAAUUAAAGGAGAUAACUGAGAAAACCAUGUCUGUAGAAGAGAAAGCUACUAAUUUGGAAGAUAUAGUGAAAGAGGAGGAAAAAGAUGUGAAGGAAGUAGAUGUUCAACUGAACCUCAUAAAAGGUGUGCUGUUUAAGAAAGCUCAGGAGUUACAGACUGAGACAAUGAAAGAAAAAGCGGUUUUAUCAGAAGUUGAAGGAACUCGUUCCUCUCUGAAACAUCUCAACCAUCAGUUACAAAAACUGGAUUUUGAAACCUUGAAGCAACAAGGAAUUAUGUACAGUCAGGAUUUUCACAUUCAACAAGUGGAACGGAGAAUGUCACGGUUAAAGGGAGAAAUUAAUUCAGAAGAAAAACAAGCCCUUGAAGCAAAAAUUAUUGAACUUAAGAAGUCUUUGGAAGAGAAACAAUCUACAUAUGGCCUUUUGGAAACACAGAUCAAGAAGCUUCAUAAUGAUCUUUAUUUUAUCAAGAAGACACAUAGUAAAAACAGUGAUGAAAAACAGUCCCUUAUGACUAAAAUAAAUGAACUAAACCUUUUCAUCGACGGAUCAGAGAAAGAACUUAAUAAAGCCAAAGCUUUUAAGCAGGAUUUGAUGAUAGAGGACAAUCUUUUAAAACUUGAAGUUAAGCGUACUCGAGAAAUGCUUCACAGUAAGGCAGAAGAAGUUCUUUCCCUAGAAAAAAGAAAACAGCAAUUAUACACAGCAAUGGAAGAGCGAACUGAAGAAAUCAAGGUUCAUAAAACAAUGCUUGCAUCACAAAUAAGAUAUGUUGAUCAAGAACGGGAAAACAUAAGCACUGAGUUUCACGAGCGGCUAAGUAAAAUUGAGAAGCUGAAGAAUAGAUAUGAAAUUCUGACUGUUGUUAUGCUGCCUCCUGAAGGAGAAGAGGAGAAAACACAGGCCUAUUAUGUAAUAAAGGCUGCUCAAGAAAAAGAAGAACUUCAAAGGGAAGGUGACUGUUUGGAUGCCAAGAUCAACAAAGCUGAAAAAGAAAUCUACGCUCUAGAAAAUACCCUUCAAGUGCUGAACAGCUGUAACAACAAUUAUAAGCAAUCUUUUAAAAAAGUGACUCCAUCUAGUGAUGAGUAUGAGCUAAAAAUUCAACUAGAAGAACAAAAAAGAGCUGUUGAUGAAAAAUACAGAUACAAACAAAGACAUAUCAGAGAACUUCAAGAAGACAUCCAGAGCAUGGAAAAUACAUUAGAUGUUAUAGAACAUUUAGCAAAUAAUGUCAAAGAAAAGUUAUCAGAGAAGCAGGCUUAUUCAUUUCAACUAAGUAAAGAAACGGAGGAGCAGAAGCCAAAAUUAGAAAGAGUGACCAAACAGUGUACAAAACUCACAAAGGAAAUCCGUCUUUUGAAAGACACAAAAGAUGAAACACUGGAAGAACAAGACAUCAAACUUCGUGAAAUGAAACAGUUUCACAAGGUUAUUGACGAAAUGUUAGUUGGUAUCAUAGAAGAAAAUACUGAGAUCCAUAUUAUUCUUCAAACAUACUUUCAACAGAGUGGGUUAGAACUACCUACCGCUAGCACUAAAGGCAGUCGUCAGAGUUCUAGAUCUCCUUCACAUACUUCACUACUAUCAGCAAGGUCAUCUAGGAGUACAAGUACAUCUACUUCUCAGUCUUCAAUUAAAGUAUUGGAGCUUAAAUUCCCGGCCUCCUCUUCACUAGUAGGCAGCCCUUCUAGGCCAACUAGUGCUAGUAGUAGCUCUAGUAAUGGUAAGAGCAAAAAGAGCAGCAAAUAAACAUUUUAAUCUCUUCUGAAAAAGUCGUAAACACAAAAACAAAAAUAUACUUUAAAAUACAAAACGACCCAACACAUUUUAUCUAGUGGAAAGUGUAAAAACUUAGUGGUAAGUGUAAAAACUGAUAGUUUAAAAAAAAAAGGAAUGUUCUCAUUUUCUCUACUGUUUUCUUCAUACUGAAGAAAAACAUUAAUAGCAGAUUCUUGACAAGGCUACAUGUCAUACAAGCAUAGGAAAAAUGCUGUAUUUCACUGUAAUUUUGAUGUUCAUAGUGUUAGAAAAUAGUUUGCUUCAUUAUUUCACGAAACUACACUCACUUCUAAUGUAACAAUCUUUCAAGAAGAAAUUUCUAAAGAUUUUCUGUACUAUUAAUGAGCGUAUUACAAUGUGAAAAUCUCAUUUACCCUACAAGACACCAAAAUUAGGUUUUCUUUAUUCAAAGUAACUAUUUCUCAGUCUUUUGGGGAGAAAAAUUGUUAAAGGCAGUUUCUUCUUUUGCUAUAAUUUUUAACCAAAAAAUAGCAUCAACCCCUACCACCCCCAAAAAAAAAUCAGUAAGAGAAACACUGUGUAUCAAUUUUAAAAUGCAGCUUAAAUUUAUAAAAAUCACUUCUGACCUUGAAAUAAAUCAAACACAUUAAAGAUUUGCUUUCAGAUACAGCCAACCAAGUAUAAAGAAUUUUGAAAUUUUCUUGAUUUAAUAAACGAUUUAAUGAAAGCUAGAUAUGACUUGAUUUGCAAUAGAUAUUUCAUUUACAGUUGGAGGUAGACUGCCAAAUGUAGUAGUUUUUCCAGUUAACACUUCAUUAUAACAUGUGCCCAACACUUUGUACUCCUGGAUAGAGUGUGGAAUAUUAUAAAACUGGAUUUUAAAUAAAUGUAUUAGAAUUCA